AUGGCAACCAAGAUUUUCAAAUACUUCUCUCAAAUGUUUGUUGUGAAAGAGCGUGAAAUGGAAAUUGGGUACCCAACAGAUGUGAAACAUGUAGCACACAUUGGCUGGGAAGGCCCAUCUGAUAGCGCUCCCACUUGGAUGAACGAAUUUAAAAAUGGACCAGAUUUCUCAACCAGCUCGCUUGGUAGUAACGCUGGUGCUCGGAUGGGUUCCUCUAAUCCUAUGGCUUAUUCUCCUUGGUCCUCUCAAGAUUUUGAGCAUUCGAUGGGACACCAACCGUCCUCGGACAUGUUCAGAGACCUUCCUCGUAGUGAACUUCCUAAUGUGCCCAAGAAACCAAAGCGGAAAAAGGUCAAGUCUUCGUCUCCCUCAGCAUCAAGAUCCUCAAGAGCAACAAAGUCAAAGGCGACUGCAUACACCCAAAUGGAGGCAACACAAAACCUGCUAAUAUAG